CGGGCCGUGAGCGUGGCCGUGAGCCCGGCCGCCGGGCUGGCGGACGAGCGCGUGGAGACGCGGGUGGCCGGGCUGGGCCCGGGGCAGGCGGUGACGCUGCGGGCGGUGGCGGCGGACGAGCGCGGCUGCCUCUUCCAGUCGUGCGCGCACUACCAGGCCGACGGCCGCGGCGAGCUGCACUUGGGCACGGACGCCUCGCACGGCGGCGACUACACCGGCGUGGAGCCCAUGGGGCUCUUCUGGAGCCUCGCGCCCGCCGGCAUGGAGCGGCCCUACCAGCGUCUCCUGCCCCGCAGCACCGGCGCCCCCAUGAAGGUGGAGAUGCUGGUGCAUGAGGGCCACAGCCGGCGCGGCGCCAUGCCCGGGCCCGUCAUGGCCAAGGCGCAGGUGGAGCGCUGGUUCACGGCGCCCGGCGUGCGGCGGAUCCGCCUCAAGGAGGGAGGCGUGCGGGGUUCCCUCUUCCUGCCGCCCGGGGAUGGCCCCUUCCCGGGAGUGAUUGACAUGUACGGUGAUGAAGGAGGAUUAGUUGAAUUCAGAUCCAGCCUCCUGGCCACCCGAGGUUUUGCUGCUCUUUCUCUGCCUUACUUUGACUUUGAAGAUCUGCCAAAAGUCAUGAAAGAAUUCAAGCUUGAGUACUUUGAGGAGGCAGCGAGAUUUCUACAGCGUCACCCGAAGGUGAAGGGGCCAGGAGUUGGAGUGAUUGGGACUGGGAAAGGGGCAGAAUUAGCGCUCUCCAUGAUCACCUUCCUGCCAGAAGUGGUGGCUGCUGUCUGCAUCUCCGGCUGCAGCUCCAACACGGUUGCAGACCUUCAUUAUGGUGACAUGACUCUGCCUGGGCUGCGCUUUGAUAUGAAUAAGGUCAAUGUUUCUGACACUGGUGUAUUUGACACUUUUGAAGCUCUGGAUGACCCAAUGAAUCCUGCUAAUUCCCCCUGCACGAUUCCUGUAGAGAAAGCUGAAGGUCACUUCCUCUUAGUGGUAGGAGAAGACGAUCGUGUGUGGAAGAGCUCCUUAUACGCUGAGCUGGCAAUUGGGCGUCUGCGCCAGCACGGGAAAGAAAACUUUGAGCUCUUGAGUUACCCGGGAGCCGGCCACCGAAUCGAUCCUCCUUCCACUCCAUUUUGCCAGGUAGCUGUGGAUCGUGUUCUGGGCGUCCCUGUCAUGGGAGGUGGGGAGAGCAAAGCACAUGCCCGUGCACAGGAACACUCCUGGGGAAAGAUUCAGGAGUUUCUGCGCCUCCAUUUGAGGUGAACGCUUCGGUACCAGAAAGCUGCUGCUGAGUCACAGAGGACUGAGCUCAAGCCACCAAAAUGACUAGGAAAUUGGAGGGACUGACUGAGAAGAGGUCUGAAAUGUGAAAUUACCAAAUGACAACUCGGUUACAUGCAAAAUAACAAACAGAAUGGGAGGAGGAGAGUGGAAACGAUGAUGACAAGCUGCAUUUUAGUACAAAUUUGCAAGCCUGAAUUAGUGUUGGUAUCAAGAAACAGGUUUUGGAAGAGAGAGGUAGGUACUUUCUUGCCUGUAGCAUUUUUGCCUUAAAGAAUUUACCAACUCCAUCUGCACAGUCAGAAAUGGCAGACUGGUUCCCAAGAAGGUGGAAUGAUGGCAACCUAUGGAUGAUAAACUUAGACAUCAAAAUGAAAAAUGAUUCAGGCUUUGGGUGUGAAUUGAGCUACUUCAGCCCGCAAGUCUCCAAUUUACAGCCAAUUUAUGUUUUUGCAAUCUCUUCUAUCUUUAUGAAGCCAGGGAUAUUUAUUUCUAAUGAGUCUCUUUUACCUUCAUUGGUCUUCUGCCAAAUUAAUCAAUGCUUCUUUUCAAAAAAAAAAAAAAAAAAGUAAGAAAAUGAAGAGAACUUUUACUGUCCUCUAGGGAGAAUGGCAGUGCCAGCACUACCUUGAACUAGAUGAAAUGAGCAGGGACUCAUUCAUCAGAUAGAUGCUGCUAUCAUAUCUUGGACCAGCAACUGACACUCAGGGUUAUGAAAGUCCUGCUGGACUGCAUGGCUAAAUGUCACGUGAAACUCUUGCUCCUAUCUUCAUUACUUUUUUAAUAGUAACACCAGACACUAAAUUUUGGAUUAGUUAAUCCAAAUUCAUCAUUUCUUUUCAGACCAUUUAUAGUUUUGGGUUGCUCUUCUCUCCAGUUAACUGUCAUCAUGCUCAGGUCUGUUAGCUUUGUUCUGCAGCUCAGUACUACUCCUUAUUAUCUGAGUGCAAGUCACGUGCUCAUCACACACCAUCAUUUCCAACUGAAGAGUUCAGCUAUUCACUCCUUACAAAAUAAACCCAACUGUGCUCACUCCACCCCAAACUUCAUCACAACCUGCCUCUCUACACGUUUUGGCUGAGGAGGCCUUGCCAGGGUCAUUUCUGGCACUUGAACCCGCACUAAAACUGGCUGCCACCAAGUGCAGGAUGGCAGCCCGCCGUGCUGUGCAGAUUGGUGUUGCCCGGGCUUCGUGCCCUGCCUUUUUGCCAAAGCCACUCCAGGUCCCAGCCUCAAAGGAAGGUGUGUCUGGAGGUUUUCCUUUGCACUGCCCGCCCUCAUCCUGUGUGUCCAGAGGUUUCCCUUUUUCUCUUUGCACUGCCCGACUUCAGCGUGUGGGUGUCAAGCAAGCGGAGCUCUAGCUGAGCGGCGCCUCCGCUUUGUUGCCGCCCGGUGCUGAUGCCCACAGGAUAUCCAAGUAAUACAUGAGCAGAAGCUCCAGAGGCAGGAAGCAAGUGUUACCUUGUAUUCGCAACAAAACCCAGGUAGCCUGAGAAUCCCGAGACUAAUCCCUAAACACAAACCUCUAACACAAGCUGUAGUAGCUACCAACAGGUCUAUGCGAUUUAAAAGAACUAACACCUCCUUUAUUAAAAUGCAAGGCUAUGUAAGAAUUCAAAAUGUUUUGUUUAUGAAUGAUUAUGUUUGGAAAGGAGAGCAAUAUAUUUUUUAAACAAGGAAGAAAAAUUCAAGGAAUGUAACUUCACUGUGGAAAUACCAUUAGGAGCAGGGCAGGACGCUCGUGGCCGAGAUUAUUUGCAGGAAGGCCCAGCGAAACGUGCCCUGCUUUGGCACUGGUGUUCUGUAUGUUUACACUGCCACUUGGAGACCAAAGAUGCAUCGUGGACGCUCUGCGGAUGAUCUGUUUCCUGAAUGGAGAGCACCA